UGUCAUUAAGUUUGGCCCUACCCGAAGUUGGGGUUAGUUGUUGCUGUGGAGUUUCCAUGGUAACGCUAUUAGAAUUUGGUAUGUUCGGUGUAGCUCGUACCAUCCAUACCCAAAUUAACCAUAAUCCUUGUUAAAUAUUAUCGGAAAAUAGAGCCUUUGAAUUGCUCGUGUUUCCACUCAUUUCCGCGUAAAACUGCACUAUUGCUUAUCGUCGUACCGAAUGCUGGAAGCCUGUUGGCUAGCUUAAAGUCGGUUCAAUCCCGCUAUGGAGGAAGAAAUUCUACUGUCGGACUUGGAAGAUGAGGAGGAAACAACUAAUGCGAAAGGAGAAGGCGAUAAGGCUCAAGCACACACAUUGACCAAAGACAUAAUAAAAGAGGGACUUUCAUUAUUGUGCAGGACAGUAGACAGACUUGGACAUGCUUUUAUUAAAUUAAACCUCAAUAACAUGAAAUUAAAUGAUCUAGCUGCGAUCAGCGGCUACAUUCACAUACGUUUAUUGGAUUUAUCCAACAACAGCCUUACUGAUCUUUCUCCUCUGGCCUCCCUAAAGCAGCUCCUGUGGCUGAAGGUUGACAAAAAUGAUGUGGCGAGCUUCCGAGGACAACCGUUUGCUGAGCUGAUCUAUCUGCAAAGGCUAAAUAUGGCAGCAAAUCAGUUAAAUGAUGCCGAUGGCCUGGUUGGGCCCGCCCUGGAGAGCCUCAAUCUUACAGGAAACAAAAUUCAGUCGCUGCAUUGUUUUCAAACUAGCUGCUUUGGAAAUCUGCUUACUCUGGAGCUGAGAGGAAACCAUUUGGAAACCACUGAUGGCCUCAACCUUCCAAAUCUGCAACGAUUAUAUCUGGCUGAUAAUGGGAUCAAGCAUCUUGAAGGUCUAGACAAGUUAGAGUCUCUCGCCAUCCUUCAUAUUCGAGAUAAUAAAUUAGAAACUCUAGAAGGCCUCAGUCCCAACAUGAAGUGUCUUCAGUAUCUAAAUGUCAGAGGCAAUUUAAUUGCAGAGGAAAAAGCUUUGCAAAGCAUUGGCCUUGUGGCAAAAAGCCUGCAAGCAUUGGUUCUUUCUGAGAACCCGCUGGUGGCAACAGCAGACUAUCGCCCCAAUGUGUUGACACUUUUACCGCAGCUGAAAAGACUCGACAAGGAGCCUGUGACACCUGCGGAGAGGGGUGACAAUCAGAUGAGAAUCAGAGAACUCGAGGAAGAGGAAGUACCUGAGCCAUAAGAUUUCAUAAGAUCUUUGUGAGAGGAAGUGCUGGGCAUAAAAAGCAGGUCUUUCAAGAGAUGAUGAUCGUGAUUGCACAUCAAGUUUGAUUUUAGAAAAGCUUUCUUUCCAAAUUGUUACAAUAAAAAAAUUGCCUUGUGAA